GUGUGUUUAGUAGCGGUGGUAGCAAGAGGACGAGACAACGCACCGCCUCGGUCAUACUGUACAGUAACUCACCGCAGAAGAUUUACAAGUCGGCGACGCCGCCCGGGAAAAAGUGUGCUGUCGUAGGGGAAAAACUCGACGCUCACAAGACACUUUUUCGGCCGACGCGGGAGGACAGUAACCAUGAUUUCCAUGGAGCAGCAGGUUGCUGGUGCUCUGGCUUGACAGAAAGCUAUAGAAAUGAUGCUGAGGUGAGCUGUUACCAUGGCACCCUUCCUGCGUAUCGCCUUCAAUGCAUAUGAUGUAGGCGCUCUGCCUGCUCUGUCUGAGCCCCCCAUUUGUGCCAUCAAGAUAAAGGAGUCUGUCAGCACAGAGCGAGGAAAAACAUUGGUUCAGAGGAAGCCUACCAUGUACCCAACAUGGAAGACCACUUUUGAUGCUCAUAUAUAUGAGGGACGUGUCCUAGAAGUGGUUCUGUUGCAGAGUGCUGAGGAGCCAUUGGCCAAGGCCUCAGUUGGCGUGUCUGUGUUAGCAGAACGCUGUAAAAAGUCCAAGACCAACGGUCGUGCUGAGUUCUGGGUAGACCUGAUGCCUUCUGGAAAGGUCCAAGUGGCUGUCCAGUAUUUCUUGGAGGACAGCGAUGCAACACAAAACCAACCAUCUGUGAGAGUUGCCCCCGAGGAUGGACUCACGACUCUGAACAGGAGGAGGGGAGCAUUCAAGCAGCCCAAGCUUCACAUCAUCAAGAACCACGAGUUUUCUGCCACUUUCUUCCACCAGCCUACCUUCUGCUCUGUGUGCAGAGAGUUUCUCUGGGGGCUCAACAAGCAAGGCUACAAGUGCAGACAAUGCAAUGCAGCAAUUCACAAGAAAUGCAUCGAAAAGAUUAUCGGCAGGUGCACUGGCACAGCAGCCAACAGCCGUGACACGAUGUUCCAGAAAGAGCGCUUCAAGAUUGAUAUGCCACAUCGCUUCAAGUACCACAACUACAGGAGCCCUACAUUCUGUGACCACUGUGGUACCCUGCUUUGGGGUAUUUAUAGACAGGGCCUUAAAUGUGAAGAUUGUGGCAUGAACGUUCAUAGUUAUUGUCAGAAAAAAGUGGCCAAUCUGUGUGGCAUCAACCAGAAGCUGUUGGCCGAAGCUCUCUCUCAAGUCCCCCAGAAAUCCCUGAAGAAGUCUGAUAGCAAUGCAGCAGAUAUUGGCAUCUAUCAAGACGUCCGGAGUGCAACAACCGACCCUGCUGCUGUUAAGAAUGGCAAAAUCCAAGAGGGUUCGAGUUCAGGCGCACCUCCCGCUUCCCGGGUACACCUCACCGUCAACCACCUGGUCUUCCACAAGGUUCUGGGCAAAGGCAGCUUUGGCAAGGUGCUGUUGGCUGAGCUAAAGGGCCAAGGCCAGUACUUUGCUGUGAAGGUUCUAAAAAAAGACGUGGUUCUCAUGGACGACGACGUGGAGUGUACCAUGGUGGAGAAGAGAGUUCUUGCCUUGGCCUGGGAGAACCCCUUCCUCACACACCUUUACUCCACUUUCCAGUCUAAAGAGCACCUUUUCUUUGUGAUGGAGUACCUCAAUGGCGGCGACCUGAUGUUCCAUAUCCAAGACAAAGGCCGCUUCGACCUCGGCAGAGCCACAUUCUAUGCUGCUGAGAUAGUCGUGGGACUGCAGUUCCUCCACUCCAGGGGAAUUAUCUACAGGGAUCUGAAGCUGGAUAAUGUCAUGCUGGACAAGGACGGGCACAUUAAAAUUGCAGACUUUGGCAUGUGUAAAGAGAAUAUAUUUGGAAAUGCAAGAGCCUCAACAUUCUGUGGGACUCCAGACUACAUUGCACCUGAGAUCCUCUUAGGACAGAAAUACACCUUCUCCGUAGACUGGUGGUCUUUUGGUGUGUUGGUGUAUGAAAUGCUGAUUGGUCAGUCACCUUUCCAAGGCGACGACGAGGAUGAACUAUUUGAGUCCAUCCGGUCGGACACUCCUCACUACCCUCGGUGGAUAACAAAGGAGGCUAAGAAACUGCUUGAGAUGCUGUUGGAACGAGAUCCCGCUUCUAGGCUUAGCAUGGUGGAAGACAUCCGAGAACAACCUUUCUUCAAAAAUAUCAACUGGUCAGCUCUGGAGAGGAGAGAAGUGGAGCCCCCUUUCAAGCCCAAAGUGAAAUCCCCAAGUGACUGCAGCAACUUCGACAGAGAGUUCCUAAGUGAAAAGCCACGCCUCUCCCAAGGCGACAAGAACCUUAUUGACUCGAUGGAUCAGGCGGCGUUCGCUGGCUUUUCCUUUGUCAACCCAAAAUUGGAACAUCUGAUAAGCAAAUGAAAAGACAGACUGGCCACCCUUGGAUGACGGUCACUGACUUACACUAGGGCUAUUUCCUUCAUCUUCAUAUGGCACAACUGGAUGAAUCAAAUCAAAACAUAAUAGCUCCAUCAGAGGAUAAAAUAAGACACUACAAGUGGAACUAAGGGACAUACUUCAUAUAGCAGUGUAACUAUAAUCACAACUGAAGGGGUAUAUUUUUUAAUUACUUAUGUGUAAUGUUUUGUCAGUGUAAACACUCUUACUAGAUCAUCCAAUGUACUGUAUCUUGAAAUUAAUACCCAGUGAGGUCAUUUUUAUCACAUCCUGUGCAUAUGCAGGUAUUGACAGAUCCAAAAACUCCAGUUAGUAAUGUGGUCCGAUGGUGAAUAAUUCCCCGGAAUCUAUUAGCGUGAAUGGAAUGAAAUAGCAUCGAGAAACAUACCACCACCACACCGUCCCACACUUACUGCACUGACUUUAAGCAAACUGCACACUGUAAAUGUCCUAAAAAAUGAUUAAUUUAUUCUUUGUCAGUUUUCAGAUGUCCUUAAACCUGCACAAAUAUGAAACACAGCACAACCAGUGGUUAAAAACAGUGUGAAAGCCCCCUGCAAUACCUUCUUGGUAUUGGUAUCGAAGGGUGUAUUUUUGUUGGAAGAAUGGGUAUUUGAAGUAAAUCACUUAUGACGCAAAUACUGUAGAGCUGGAUAUUGAUAUUCAUGUACUUCCUUUUCUUUUGCAUUCACACACUUUUACCUUUGACGAUAAAUAAAUAAAUACAUUCC